ACGAUAUACAAUAUGGCGAAGUUUGUCAUUGCAGGGAGGGCAGACUGUCCAUAUUACGUGAGAACAGAGUUGCUUGGUGAUCGCCUUGAACGAAAUUUAUCCGAUUUCAAAGUACACAAGAUAGUGAAACAGCCUGAUGACUGGGAGAACUGGCUGAGAGAAGUGUGUGAGGAGAAAGGCUGGGACCACAGCAAAUCGCCUCUGGUAUGGCGGGAGCUGAUCGACCGCGGAGGGAAGGGCGUCCUCAUAGGGGGCGCCAACGAGUUCCAGGAGUACGUGCAGGCUUACUAUGACCUUGAGUCGGCCAUGACCAGCGACGACAUGCUGAAGUGCGCUGAUGAGAACCUCCAGACUAAGAUCGAGGUGGAUGUGGAUCAGAAGGAGCUGAAGUCGCAGAGCACGCCCCUUCACGUGUGUGUCACGAACGCGUCGCAGCCCGUGUCUUACAGCCUUGUCACCAGGAUCGUCAGCGGGGAGGUCUUCGGAGAGGACGCCGAAAUAGCACUUCAUCUCCUGGAUGAGAAAAAAAAUGCUGACCGUCUGUCAGGGAUGGAGCUGGAGGUCUAUGACCUGGCCGAGCCUCUGUUGAGACAGGUCUACGUCACGUCGGACCCGCGGGAGGCUUUCGCCGACUGCAGUGUGAUCAUUCUUCUCGACAGUGUCGACAGACAGGAGGAGGAGACAAGAGAGAGCUGGUUGGAAAGAAACGCGGAUCAUUUCUCGAACUAUGCCAAAAUUAUUAACGAAAGGGCCGGCAGAAACUGUAAGGUGCUUCUAUCUGGGAGUGGGCCGAUAAACUUCAAUGCGUACAUGAUGAUCAAGAAUGCGCCGAACGUGCCCAGACAGAACAUCGUCGGGUUGUCGCGACUGGUGGAGAACCGCGCAAAAGCCGUGAUGGGCGAGAAACUGAAGGUGAACACCGCUGACGUCGUCAACGUGAUCGUCUGGGGCAGCGUCAAUGGGUGUCACUACAUCGACGUCAGUGAGACGCGCGUCCACCGGUACGACGGCGCCAUCUGGGGGCCUCCAUCUUUCUCCGUGUCUGCAGUGGAGAUGGUGCACAACACGGCCUGGCUCGAGAAGGACUACAUAGAGCUCGUCAAGUCUCGCCAUGUGAAGGUCGAGUCUGCAGUCGGACGCAAGUGUGCGCUGGCGGAGGCGUGCGCCAUCACCUCGAUGCUCAAGCACUGGAUGGACGGAUCUCCAACAGGGCAGAUAUUCUCUCUUGCCAUUUUCUCAGAAGGUUGGUACGAUGUGCCCGAGGACUUGGUGUUUUCCUUCCCGGUGACUCUCGACCCGAAAGGCUACUGGAAUGUGGUCCAGGACAUCACACUCACUGAUGAGACGAAGGCCAAACUCAAACUUAGUUACACGGAACUGAUUGAAGAAAAGCAAGUAAUGUUUCCGCCACCGGUUGUCGAGUUACAAGAGUCGGCUAAAGUCAGCGAAACAGACACACAGAGCAACAAGCAACAGACGCCCGAUCAAGUGGCGAGUGGGGGCACGGAAACGACAGAAGGAGGACAAAGCAAGGAAGUGAAAGAAGGAGAACAGGAAGUACAAGGAGAGCAGGGAGUGAAAGAGGAGGACACAGAAGCAAAAGACAAGGAAGAAGAAAGUGAAGAACAGAAGGACGCUAAAGAUGACAAGUCUGGUGACAUUGAAGAGGAACCAUCCCAGUAAUUCCAGCAGCGAUCCAGCACAUCUGGCAGAGAAACAAAAAGAUUGUCAAAAAAAGUUGGAAGAAAUUAUUUCAGGAUCCUGAGAGAAAAAUCUGAAAUAAUUGUGAGAGUAUACCCACGGGCAUCACAAGACCUUUUGAACAGUGUUCAUUUUUGGUAAUGAACUAGUAAAGUUCAUGGUUAAUAUUAAAUUUUUCAAAACAAAGAACUUGUAAAACAAAAACAAAAUCGUGGAAAUGAGGUUCAUUUGUACCACCAAACCUCCUCCCCCCCCCCCCCCCCCCACAUCUGGUGGCUGGGCCUGAGUAAAUCUCUUAAUAAUAACUAAUGAUUAUAACAGAAGGCUUAAAGCUACCAAGGAGAGAUCCGAAUUAAAAUAGCCAUCGCCGGAUGAUAAAUAUGAAAAAGAAAAAAUCUAUCUACGAGGAAUGAAUGAAUGUUUUAUUCAACAAUGCACUCAACACAUUUUAAUUAUGGUUAUAUGGCUUUGGACAUACGGUUCUACCUACAAGAGUCCAAUGGUUAUCUGUAUUGGUGUUAAGGCGUGUACAGAAUAAUAUGUUUAGAAUGUAGAUAAAGAUAAUAUCCACUGGCAUGAAACAGUUACGUUAGCCUGCAAAUUAUUUUUUUUAAAGAGAAAUCAUAUUUAUGCAUUAUUCCUAAUUUAUUAAAACACAUGGUUGUUACAAGAUGAAUGGUGGGGUUUUAAAACUUUUUAAUAGAGUUUAUUAACUCCAGAAACAAAAUUAUAUGGUGGUGUCAGGGUGAAUGUUAAGUUUACACACCAGCAUUAAUUACUUCAUGCAUUUCGGUACAAUUUCCAUGUCAGAAUAUACUCUGUGAAAAAUACAACACUAUCGAGAGAAUCGGAUGACUACUAUCUUUAUGGAGUGCUCUCAACUGACAAGUACUGUGUAAAAAAAUCAACACAGGUCGACCACAAACAUUUUUAGGUAGCACCCCACAUGCCUGAGCACUGCCUCGUGGUGCUGUUAUACAAGUGGCACUAUACUACUUUUUAUCAGUUGGUACUACAUACAACAAGUAACUUCACCCCAAUGGGUUAUUUAAAUAUUACAGACAUCAUCCUAUGUGUAAUUAUCAAUUUUUUUUUUUUAAAAAGCAUACCAGAAUUUUGUAUUUUUUUUUAUGAGGAAUUAUUUCCUAAACCAAACUAUAUUAUGCUGCUACAAGAAAAGACGCGACAAAUAGUGGCGUGUUGCUUUAAUACAUGUGUAUCUCAAUUGAAUUUACAAAUGUGAGAGGUAACUCCUCUUAAUCAGCAAUAGUUUAUCCACACAGGACUUGUUUGUUGUUAUUUAUGUAAGAUAUAUUUUUUUGUGAAUACCUCAAGACAUUUUUAAUUGUAAAUAAAAUAAAUUUUGUC